AAGAUGGCAGAGGAAGAGCCAAGAAAAAAGAUCCCUUUGCUUCCAGAAAAUCUCCUGAAAAAGAGGAAGGCUUAUCAAGCUCUGAAAGCCACCCAGGCAAAGCAGGCGCUUUUGCAAAGGAAGGAGCAGAGGAAAGGAAAAGAGAUCAAGUUUAAGCGACUAGAAUGGUUCCUACAUGAUUCCUGGCGGCAACUACGUGACAGGGUGCGACUCAGACGACUAGAAGUGAAACCUCACGGCUUGGAAGUGCCGGAUAAACAUUCCUUGGCCUUUGUUUUAUGCAUCGAAAGGAUUAAUGGGGUGAGUUUACUGGUGCAGAGGACCAUUGCAAGACUUCGCCUGAAUAAUUUCAGUGGUGUCUUUAUGCAAGUAACUCCUCAAACCAUAAAAACGCUUUGUAUAGUGGAACCUUAUGUGACCUGGGGAUUUCCAAAUUUGAAGUCAGUUCGGGAACUCAUCUUGAAACUUGGACAAGCCAAGGUCAAGAAUAAAAUCAUCCCUUUGACAGACAACACAGUGAUUGAGGAGCAUCUGGGGAAGUUUGGUGUCAUUUGCUUGGAAGACCUCAUUCACGAAAUUGCCUUCCCGGGGAAGAAUUUUCAGGUGAUCUCAGGGUUCUUGAGCCCUUUCCAACUCUCAGUGGCCCAUCACGCUACCAAGAAUAGAGUGGGCUUCCUCAAGGAAGUGGGCUCACCUGGCUAUCGAGCUGAACGCAUCAAUCAGCUCAUCCGGCAGCUGAACUAAACCCAGCAUAUCGGAAAGCACAGUGCAUUGGAAUCAUGUGUUUUUGUUUUAUGGAAUU